UCUCGCUCCGCCAGCAACAGGCCGUCAUGUCUCGCCAGUCAAGUGUGUCUCUUCGGAGCGGGGGCAGCCGUAGCUUCAGCGCCGCCUCGGCCAUCACCCCAUCUGUGUCCCGCACCAGCUUCACCUCCAUGUCCCGGUCCGGGGGUGGCGGUGGUGGCUUUGGCAGGGUCAGCGUUGGGGGUGCUUGCGGAGCUGGUGGCGGCUAUGGCAGCCGGAGUCUCUACAACUUGGGAGGCUCCAAGAGGAUUUCCAUUAGCACCAGUGGCGGCAGCUUCAGGAACCGACUUGGUGCCGGUGCUGGAGGCGGCUAUGGCUUCGGAGGUGGCGCAGGGAGCGGAUUUGGCUUUGGCGGUGGAGCUGGUGGUGGCUUUGGGUUCGGUGGCGGAGCUGGUUUCGGAGGCGGCCUUGGUGGCGCCGGCUUCCCCGUGUGCCCCCCUGGAGGCAUCCAAGAGGUCACCGUCAACCAGAGUCUCCUCACGCCUCUGAACCUGCAAAUCGACCCCACCAUCCAGCGGGUGCGCACGGAGGAGCGCGAGCAGAUCAAGAGCCUCAACAACAAGUUCGCCUCCUUCAUCGACAAGGUGCGGUUCCUGGAGCAGCAGAACAAGGUCCUGGACACCAAGUGGACCCUGCUGCAGGAGCAGGGCACCAAGACCGUGAGGCAGAGCCUGGAGCCCCUGUUCGAGCAAUACAUCAACAACCUCAGGAGGCAGCUGGAUGGUGUCCUAGGGGAGAGGGGCCGCCUGGACUCUGAGCUCAGGAACAUGCAGGACCUGGUGGAGGACUUCAAGAACAAGUAUGAAGAUGAAAUCAACAAGCGUACCACUGCUGAGAACGAGUUUGUGAUGCUGAAGAAGGACGUGGAUGCUGCCUACAUGAGCAAGGUGGAGCUGGAGGCCAAAGUUGACGCGCUGAUGGAUGAGAUCAACUUCAUGAAGAUGUUCUUUGAGAUGGAGCUGUCCCAGAUACAGAGCCACGUCAGCGACACGUCCGUGGUGCUGUCCAUGGACAACAACCGCUGCCUGGACCUGGACAGCAUCAUCGCCGAGGUCAAGGCCCAGUACGAGGACAUCGCCAACCGCAGCCGGACGGAAGCCGAGUCCUGGUACCAGACCAAGUAUGAGGAGCUGCAGCAGACCGCCGGCCGGCACGGGGACGACCUCCGCACCACCAAGCAAGAGAUCUCGGAGAUGAACAGGAUGAUCCAGAGGCUGAGAGCGGAGAUCGACAAUGUCAAGAAGCAGUGCGCCAACCUACAGAACGCCAUCGCCGACGCCGAGCAGCGCGGGGAGAUGGCCAUCAAGGAUGCCAGGAGCAAGCUGGCUGAGUUGGAGGACGCCCUGCAGAAGGCCAAGCAGGACAUGGCCCGGAUGCUGAAGGAGUACCAGGAGCUCAUGAACACCAAGCUGGCCCUGGACGUGGAGAUCGCCACCUACAGGAAGCUGCUGGAGGGCGAGGAGUGCAGGCUGAGUGGCGAAGGAGUGGGACCAGUCAACAUCUCUGUCGUCACAAACAGCGUGUCCUCUGGCUAUGGCGGCGGCAGUAGCUUCGGAGGUGGCAGUGGCUUCGGGGGCGGCCUCUGUGGCAGCCUGGGCAGCGGCGGGAGCAGCUACUACUCCAGCAGCAGCGGGGGCAUGGGCCUGGGCGGCGGGCUCAGUGUGGGGGGCUCCGGCUUCAGUGCCAGCAGUGGCCGCGGCAUGGGGAUGGGCUUCGGCAGUGGCGGGGGCAGCAGCUCCAGCGUGAAGUUCGUUUCCACCACCUCCUCCACCCGCAAGAGUUUCAAGAGCUAA